CCAAUCAGUCAUACGUUGUUAAAACAUUAACCGAUAUAACCAGAAGCUUAGUCCUCAUUUGUUCUUAUGGUUGUGUUUUGCUCAGUCAUACGUUGUUAAAACAUUAACCGAUAUAACCAGAAGCUUAGUUCUCAUUUGUUCUAAUGGUUGUGUUUUGCUUUUUGGUGGAUCAAACUCGAAAGAUUCGACGCACGAAACCGGUGGCCGGAUUGUGUUCGAGGUGCCGCCGAGGAGCUCAAGUGGCAGACAUGUUAACGGCGACUAGAUUUUGUUGCAUCCCAUUUUAUUGGAGAUCUUGGAAGGCCAUCAUAUGUACGUUUUGUGGUGCCACUCUUAAAAGCUACCGAUAAUGUUGUAUACUUUUUUUUUAUCGCACGACAUAUCAAUUACUGUAUUAUGGGUUCAAAUCCUAUGAUGAUCCUGUUAAAGACAAUGAUUAUUGGGUGUCUUUCUGUUCAAAGAUUGCUUGAGCAUCUAAAAUUUUUGGUUGGAAUUUCUCUUUUUGUUUUGUUAUAGGAAAAGGAUUAGU